AUGGCUAAAAUUACUACCCUACCUCAGCCGAUAAGGACGAACUACAUGAGGCCCAGAAACGUCAAAAAAGAGGCCACGACCGAGGCAAGGAAGGAAAAACUCAAGCAACGUGAUAUUCUUCUCCGACGCAUACCUGCACUACCUGAGUAUCAACCACCACAAAUCGAGUACCGUGCACCCGUUAGUCACUUUCCGGAUGACUUCAAAGUCCUCUCAUAUCCAGUGUUUAGCCUCAUAUGGACUGCUACUGUCUGGGACAUGCUUUGUAAGAGUACAAAUUUGUAUACUUCUCGGCAGAGUCCUCCAGAUCCUCACUGGAAACCCACCCGUGUUCCGGGCUGA